AUGGAAAACGAUAUUGAAGUAAAUCAAGGAUCACAUAGUUCACUUCAAGUGCCAAGGCCACCAUUUAGUUCCUUGAAGGAUAUUGGAUUUGCCGAAGAUAUGAAUCCUAGACACAGAAGAACAAAUGAAGAUGGACAUUGUAUGAUUGAUAAAUUCAGAGGAAAGGAAGGUGAAGGUUUCUUUGCCAUUUAUGAUGGUCAUGGAGGUAGAGGAGCUGUUAAUAUUGUACAAAAUUCUUUCCAUAACAUUUUCGAGAAUGAAUUAAACUUUUUAGAAUCUAAAAACACUGACGGAACGGAACUCAUUGAUGUCACUCAAGCAUACAAUAGUGCUUAUAGUAGAAUGGAUGGUGAACUUAAGGUUCAAGAAAUUUUAUAUAAUGGAGCUACAAGUAUUACUUGUUAUAUUAGAUACAUGCCAAAGAUGAACAAACGUUUCCUCUAUGUUGCUAAUUGUGGUGAUGCUCGUGUCGUUAUCACUAAAAAGACAGGUCAAGCUGAGAGACUUACCUACGACCACAAGGCAAGUGAUGAAGGUGAAGUGAAGCGUAUCAAGGCCAAGAAUGGAUUUGUUGCCUAUAAUCGUGUUAAUGGUGUAUUGAGUGUAACUAGAUCAUUUGGUGAUCAUGCUAUGAAGGAAUGGGUCAUUUCUGACCCAUAUCACUCCUUUGUUGACUUGACUGAUGGUGAAUAUGAUUAUUUGGUAUUGGCCUGUGAUGGUGUGUGGGAUGUCAUUUCGGAUCAAGAUAGUUCAAACUUUAUUCAUGAAAAUUCUCACAUGAAUUGUCAACAAUUAUCAGAAUUAAUUUUGAAAAAAUCUCUUUCACUAGGCUCUACAGACAAUAUUUCAGUGAUUAUUGUAAAAUUAUAAACGUUGUAAAAAUUG